AUGACAAAGCCAAGAUUAAUAAGGUGGGUGUUGUCGUUGCAAGAAUUUGACUUCGAAGUCAAAGACAGAAGAGGUUGUGAAAAUCAAGUGGAUGAUUACCUAUCAUGGUUAGAAGGGAAGGAGAAUGAUGAGCCUCAGGUAGACAUAAAUGAUAUCUUUCCCAAUGAACAAGUAUUCACGGUAACUCUCCAACAAACUCCUUGGUAUGCUGAUGUUGCUAACUAUGUGGUUAGUGGAUUAAUGCCAGAAGAACUGAACAAGCUUUUUGCAUCCGCAUUGAGAAAAUAUGGAGUGAGACAUAAAGUGGCAACUCCAUAUCAUCCUCAAACGAGUGGCCAAGUGACUGAUUGGUCUAAAAAGCUAGAUGAUGCUCUGUGGGCAUAUCGCACUGCCUACAAAACACCAAUCAAUAUGUCUCUGUAUCAACUAGUCUUCAAGAAGUCUUGCCAUCUACCGGUUGAAUUGGAACACAAAUCAUUAUGGGCAUUAAAGGCUCAAACCUGGACUGGGCAAAGACCCUCCAAAUGGAGAGUAGAUCAUCUAAAUGAAUUGGAUGAAUUCAGGUUUAGGGCUUAUAAAAGUUCGGCUACCUACAAAGAAAAGAUGAAGAAGUGGCAUGAUUCUCGAAUCCUUAAGAGGAAGUUUCGAGUUGGAGAUUGGGUGUUACUAUAUAAUUCUCGACUACUACUCUUUCCGGGAAAGCUCAAAUCCAAAUGGUCAGGUCCAUUUAGAGUAACUCGGGUAUUCACAAAUGGUACCAUUGAAAUCGAAGAUAAAGAAGGCCCUGCCUUCAAGGUGAAUGGGCAGCGCUUGAAGUUGUAUGUUGGAGAAUGCCAUGAAAUUUCUGUGAUUGAAGUGGUGUAUUUGGAAGAUGCUUGA